GGUCAAAAAACCCGCUGUCAUUGUCACACUGAGUGAUGGAUUUCGUCCGAAAGCAGCCCCCACUACGAGGAAGCUUUCAUGGUCAAAAUCCUGUAACGUGCCAAGACUUUAUUGAAUGUUGAUUCAGUCCAAGAGCGAUCGCGCCACAAUGAGUCGUUUUCGAAAAAAAAUUCUUGCGCUAAUUUUUGUCGAAAUUUUGUGGUGUUGUGUUGGUGCCAGUGACAACAAUGUGAUGAAGAUUCUUCGGCGUCAGAGCGGCCAACCGCUGCUCAAAUACAACACUGCCAAAGAAAAGGCAAAGAACGCCACAUCUGAUGACGCAACCGGUUAUGAAUCCUUCGUAGCUUACGACCUCCAAAUCGUCAUCGACGCCCUCGAGGUCCUCAACGACACCCAGUGCUCCCGCGACGCCAUGGUGGUGAUGGAAGGCAUCGCCAGAAGGGAGCUCUGGGCCUUACAAAUGUUUGACGCAUCAUCGAAAUUUCCCGUGGGCCUCCUCCACGGCAACUUCUACCAAUUAGGAAAUUUCGACGAAUGCAUCAAAGUGCGCCAUGAAAGCCCAAUCCAAGGUCAAUACUGUCUAGCGUCCGUUGAACUAAUCAAAAAACAAUCAGACGGACGCGUAGAGCGCUCAUUCGAAAAACACAAGGACAAAUCCCGCCACAUUUUCAACAGCACCAUGUUCUGGAGCAUCUGCGUUCCAUCUUCGUGCACAGUCGAGGAAGUUCGACACAUCAUCACGCAACUAUUCACCUUGGCAACGAAACAACCAAUCGCGGUCACGCUACCUGACGACAGGUGUCACGUGGCCAAAACCGAACCAAUCACGCCGCUGGAGAUUAUCUAUGGUUGCAUUGUUGGGGUUUUUAGCGUUUUUGUUAUUUUUGCAACUGUUUUUCAUUAUUUUCGAGCAGAGUCAGGCAGUGUUGUCAAAGAUGCGAUUCUUUGUUUCUCGUUAAUUAACACAGUUGGUAAAUUUUUGACAACAAAAACGUCAAGUCUUAAUCUAGAGUGCUUGAGUGGGAUUAAAUUCAUCUCAAUGUUGUUUAUAAUCGCCGGACAUACGUUUUUGUUUUUGGUGGGGGGGCCUGUCCAAAAUACAAAUUUUUACGAACAGGAAAGUCGCAGUCUUGUGAACGCAAUUUUUGUUAAUAGUCCGUUAUUAGUUGACACAUUUUUACUUGUCAGUGGCUUCUUGAUGUGUUAUUUGCUGUUGUUGGAGCUUGACAAAAGAAAGGGUCGCAUAAAUGUGUUGGUACUUUACGUAGCGCGUUACAUAAGACUGACGCCGUCUUACUUGGUCGUGAUUGGUUUUUAUUGCACUUUCUUGUCACGGAUUGGUGAUGGGCCACUUUGGGACUCACGAAUCAAACAUGAGCAAGAAAAGUGCCAAAAAUCCUGGUGGACUAACCUAUUAUAUGUUAAUAAUUACGUUAACACUGACGAUAUGUGCAUGUUCCAAUCGUGGUACUUGGCGGCCGAUUAUCACUUGUUUAUCAUAGCCCCCUUCGUUAUUUACCCACUUUGGAAGUUUGCCAAAGUUGGCAAAACUGUUCUCGGACUCGGGGUUUUUAUCAGUGUUGCCAUCCCGUUUAUUGUCACAAUUGUGUAUAAACUGGACCCGACUUUGAUGAUUUUUGCACCGGAAGUGUACGAAAUUAGUGAAAAUCACUACUUUAAAACGGCGUACAUCAAGACACAUAUGAGGGCCGGCUCGUACUUUUUCGGCCUAUUUUUCGGCUACCUUUUGUACAAAUUGCAAAACCAAGGAACCAAAUUGUCGCGACGUGUAAUUUGGUUCGGUUGGUUGCUCUGCGCCACUUGUGGCAUUAUAUCGAUGUAUUCGAUCGUGGUGUUUUAUGCCCCUGAGCAUCAGUAUAAUGCCUUCGAGUCGGCGAUUUAUGCCGCGCUGCAUCGCGUCGCCUGGUGCAUAAGUAUAGGGUGGAUCAUGGUGGCAUGCAUCACGAAAAAUGCCCCUCUAGUCAAUCGGUUUCUUUCGUGGAAGCCUUUUAUGCCCUUAAGUCGGCUCACGUACUGUGCUUAUCUUUGUAAUGGUUUUAUCGAAGUUUACAGCAUCGGGUCGAUAAGGCAGGGAACCUACAUGGGGAAAUUGGAGUUGGGGACUAAAUCGUUGGCACACUGCUUGUUGACGUUCAUGAUGGCGUUUGUUUUGUGCAUUUUCUUCGAAUCACCCAUUCAUGGGUUGGAGAAGAUUUUGUUGAGGAGAGUGCCUCAAAAGACCUCAAAAGUCAAGGCCGUGAGUAACGAGACCGUUAGUACUGAGAUAUGAUUGGUGGUUAUUUAUUUGUACACUCUGUAUAUUACUGUUGACUAUUUGUAAAUUUUGUAAAAUAAAUUUUUAAAAAAUUG